AGCAACCCCGCAGAGUAGAGCUGCAGCGGGAGGGGCUGAGGCAGAGAGGAAAGGGAGAACGGGAGACGAGGCUGAGGCUGGGGGGUUUUCUCUACAAAGCUCCAGAGCCAGCAGAGAGAGCUUCCCCAGCUCCUCUGCCUUCAUCAGCCUUUCUCCUCUUCCUUCUCCACAGAGCAUCAGGCCAAGAGCUUGAGCCCGUCCUGUUCCCCUGUCGUCUGUCUCUGCUGAGCUCCCCCAGCCUCUCCCCAAAGCGCCCCCACACCGCCGCCGCCACCACCACCGGUCAGCACCAUGGCGGAGACCAACAAUGAAUGCAGCAUCAAGGUGCUCUGUCGAUUCAGACCCCUGAACCAGUCGGAGAUUCUGCGGGGUGACAAAUUUAUCCCCCUUUUCCAAGGGGACGACAGCGUCAUUAUUGGGGGAAAGCCGUAUGUGUUUGAUCGAGUAUUCCCUCCGAACACCACACAGGAACAAGUUUAUCAUGCGUGUGCCAUGCAGAUUGUUAAAGAUGUUCUUGCUGGUUACAAUGGCACCAUUUUUGCUUAUGGACAGACAUCUUCAGGAAAGACACAUACUAUGGAGGGGAAGUUGCAUGACCCUCAGCUGAUGGGAAUCAUUCCUCGAAUUGCCCGUGACAUCUUCAAUCAUAUCUACUCCAUGGAUGAGAACCUUGAGUUCCACAUCAAGGUUUCUUACUUUGAGAUUUAUCUGGAUAAAAUUCGUGACCUGCUAGAUGUGACCAAGACAAACCUCUCUGUGCAUGAAGAUAAGAACCGGGUCCCGUUUGUCAAGGGUUGCACUGAGCGCUUUGUGUCUAGCCCAGAAGAAAUUCUAGAUGUGAUUGAUGAGGGGAAAUCAAACCGUCAUGUGGCAGUCACUAACAUGAAUGAGCACAGCUCCCGAAGCCACAGCAUUUUUCUCAUCAACAUUAAGCAGGAAAAUGUGGAGACUGAGCAAAAGCUCAGUGGGAAGCUCUAUCUAGUGGACCUGGCAGGAAGUGAGAAGGUCAGCAAAACAGGAGCAGAGGGAGCUGUGUUGGAUGAAGCAAAGAAUAUCAACAAAUCCUUAUCGGCAUUGGGGAAUGUGAUCUCUGCCCUGGCGGAAGGCACAAAAAGCUACGUUCCGUAUCGUGACAGCAAAAUGACUAGAAUCCUUCAGGACUCUUUGGGAGGGAACUGCCGGACAACAAUGUUUAUCUGCUGUUCUCCAUCCAGUUACAAUGAUGCUGAGACCAAAUCUACUCUUAUGUUUGGGCAAAGGGCAAAGACCAUCAAGAACACUGCUUCAGUGAAUCUGGAACUGACUGCUGAACAGUGGAAGAAGAAAUAUGAGAAAGAGAAGGAGAAGACGAAGGCACAGAAAGAGACUAUUGCCAAGCUGGAAGCUGAGCUAAGCCGGUGGCGAAAUGGGGAGAAUGUGCCCGAGACGGAGCGUCUGGGUGGGGAGGAAUCAACCCCUGGAGGGGAGCUUUGUGAGGAGACACCUGUGAACGACAACUCAUCCAUUGUGGUUCGAAUUGCACCUGAAGAAAGACAGAAAUAUGAAGAAGAGAUAAGACGUCUCUACAAGCAGCUAGAUGAUAAGGAUGAUGAAAUUAAUCAACAGAGUCAACUGAUGGAAAAACUUAAGCAACAAAUGUUGGACCAGGAAGAGCUGUUGGUGUCCACAAGAGGUGACAAUGAGAAGGUUCAGCAGGAGCUGAGUCAUCUGCAGUCGGAGAAUGAUGCAGCCAAGGAUGAAGUAAAGGAAGUGUUGCAGGCAUUAGAGGAAUUGGCAGUCAAUUAUGAUCAAAAAUCACAGGAAGUUGAGGAAAAGAGUCAGCAGAACCAGCUGCUGAUGGAUGAACUAUCCCAAAAGGUGGCUACCAUGCUGUCCCUGGAGUCUGAGCUGCAAAGGCUACAAGAAGUUAGUGGUCACCAGAGAAAGAGAAUUGCUGAGGUCUUGAAUGGGCUGAUGAAGGACCUAAGUGAAUUCAGCGUCAUCGUGGGCAAUGGGGAGAUCAAGCUGCCAGUGGAAAUAAGUGGAGCCAUUGAGGAGGAAUUCACAGUGGCUCGACUCUAUAUCAGUAAGAUCAAGUCAGAAGUCAAGUCUGUGGUUAAACGGUGCCGGCAACUGGAGAAUCUGCAGGUUGAAUGUCACCGAAAAAUGGAGGUGACUGGGCGAGAACUUUCUUCCUGUCAACUGCUCAUUUCCCAGCAUGAGGCCAAGAUCCGCUCCCUGACUGAGUAUAUGCAGAGUGUGGAGUUGAAGAAGAGGCACCUCGAAGAGUCCUAUGAUGCCCUGAGUGAUGAGCUUGCUAAAUUACAGGCUCAGGAAACUGUGAAUGAAGUAGCCUUGAAGGACAAGGAACCAGACACACAGGAUGCUGAUGAGGUGAAGAAGGCACUGGAACUGCAGAUGGAGAACCAUCGUGAAGCCCAUCAUCGGCAGCUGGCCCGGCUUCGGGAUGAGAUCAAUGAGAAGCAGAAAAUCAUUGAUGAGCUUAAAGACCUAAAUCAGAAGCUUCAGCUGGAGUUAGAAAAACUGCAGGCUGACUACGAAAAGCUAAAAAGUGAGGAGCAUGAGAAGAGCAUUAAACUACAGGAGCUGACAUUUCUCUAUGAGCGACACGAGCAGUCCAAGCAGGACCUCAAAGGGCUGGAGGAGACUGUUGCCCGGGAACUCCAGACCCUCCACAACCUUCGCAAGCUGUUCGUUCAAGACGUCACGACUCGAGUCAAGAAAAGUGCAGAAAUGGAACCCGAGGACAGUGGGGGGAUUCACUCCCAGAAACAGAAGAUUUCCUUUCUUGAGAACAACCUGGAACAGCUUACAAAGGUUCACAAACAGCUGGUUCGUGACAAUGCAGAUCUGCGCUGCGAGCUUCCUAAGCUGGAGAAACGACUUCGGGCUACGGCUGAGAGAGUUAAGGCCCUGGAGGGCGCACUGAAGGAAGCCAAGGAAGGCGCCAUGAAAGAUAAGCGUAGAUACCAGCAGGAGGUAGACAGAAUCAAGGAAGCUGUGCGCUACAAGAAUGCUGGCAAGCGAAACCACUCUGCGCAGAUUGCCAAACCAGUCCGGCCUGGCCACUACCCAGUGUCUUCACCCACCAAUCCCUAUGGCACCAGGAGCCCUGAAUGCAUCAGCUACACAAACAAUCUCUUCCAGAAUUACCAGAACCUGUACCUGCAGGCUGCACCUAGUGCUACUUCUGACAUGUACUUUGGCAACUCCUUUGCCAGCAGUGCAACCUCUUCCUCCAGUGGCAAUCUGGCUUCCUACCAGAAGCUAAACAUGGAUAAUGGAAAUGCCACAGACAUCAAUGAUAAUAGGAGUGACCUGCCCUGUGGCUGUGAAGCUGAUGACCAGGCUAAGCUUUUCCCCCUUCAUCAAGAGACAGCAGCCAGCUAAUCCUCCCCCGUGAACUGAUGGAUAUCUGCACUUUGAGGUAACUUUAGGUGUCUAACAGAGACUAGCUUCAUUUUGCCUCCCUUUAUUUCUUCACCAUCUAACUCCCCACUUCUCUCAAGCUCCAGACAGUUUGCUUUUCCUUAAGCAGAUUUCUGCCUGCCCCUCUCAAAUACUGGAUCUAUGCUGCCUUGCCUUGACACUCAUUCCCUUAACCUGAAUCUGUGUUCUGCCUGGUGUGGCCUGCUCUUACCACAAUACUAGCUCUUAGUCACUAGGGGUCACUGGUACAUGCCCAAAGAAAGAAUGCAGCUAGGAAGCUGGGCAGGGAGGAGACUGAGAUUUUGAAGGAGGGAGGAACAGCCAACAGAAUUCAAAGGCUGGAAAAGAUGUCAAGAGACCAUAUCAUUCCUCAUUCCAUCAGACACCUCAAUUAUUUUAGAAAGAUCAUAUGUAUCCUGAUCGAAGAAGUCUUCAGGAAAAAUCUUCCCUGACACCUUGUUUUCCAACCUCCUAAUUUUUGUUUUCAACCAAUAUUUAUGAUAAAUGCCAUCUCUGGGCUCCUAUUCCACUGACUGGAAAGAAAGCCUGAUGACCAGACUGUCUUUUUUUCCUCAUAAGGGGUAACCAGAAUAGUUUCGAAGCAUUUAAUGCAAACCUUCUCUAUGGGGCUGUUCUACAGCCUAAAGGUCAUUCCUUCCACUUUUGAACUGGGAGGGAAUGGAAGACCAAGGCUAAUGCCCCUUCCUCUCACUUUGUAAUCAGAGUGGAUGGGGGACAGGGGACAGGAAACAACACUUCACCUUUGUAGAGGAUACCUGUCUUGAGCUUUCUGAUUCCUAGCUACAUCUUUACAUGUCUUCUCCAUCAUCACUCUCCUGGAUCUCUUCUUCAUGGUCUCCCUCAGAUUUAGAACUCAACAUAAGGCUACUAUCAGACUCACUAUUUUAGAUCCCUGGGGAUCAUUAACAGAGAAGACAUUGGUAGACUUUUGAUUAAAUUUACAAUAAACAUUUGACAUGCCUAAUACACAAAAGGCACCGAAAUAGGUACUGGGGACAGAAAGAUGAAAGUAUUCUAUCAAGGAAAUUUGCAUUCUUGGCCUAGCCAAGAAAGAGCUCAGCCAGAAAGUUACCCAUGAUGAGCCACCCCAGUCUUAUACAAAAUAUGAGAAAGACAGAAAAAACUGAAAAGGAGAUGCUGGGGGAUUUAGGGGUGAACAGUAGGGAGUGAUGAGAGAAAAAGAGGGUGGGAAUUGGUGGAGUUUAUGUAUAUUGGUAUUAUGCCAAAAAUCUGUGAAAUUGGUGUACCUAUUCCUUUUUUGAAUCAAAAAACUCAAUUGCUUUUUAUGGCUGGGCUGCAGAGUGAUCCCACUUUCUUUUUCUUCCCCAGUUUCUAAGAGGGAUUGAGGCCUCUCCUCUGAGCAUGCUGCAAACCUGUGGUCUCUGAUACUAACCCCUUCCCCCAAUCCUUGUUGUUCAACUGUAUCAUGUUUGAUGUCUUUCUCUUGUUCUCUGUAUAUCUCUGUGUACUGUAUAUCAAAACUGCUGCUAUGUCUUUUUUUUCCAUUGUCUUACUCUAGAAGGUAUCUAAUAAUGUAUCUAUCAACUUUUUUAUGCAUAGCCUACCCCACUCACUUGGGAUAGUAAGGAGGAAGGUGAAGGUUUCUUCUCUCAUGUAUGUCUUUCACAUUGAGUGGUAUUAAUCACUGAGUUGGGGUCACUGGUAAAGGGGUCAAAUGGUAAGAAGGAACAAAGGAAGCUAGAGGCCCUUGGCCUUUCUUAGUUAAAAACAAAAACAAAGCCUUAAAUUGAAGAAUGUUUUGGCUUUAUAAAUCACACAAACACUCCCUUUCCACAUAGAUUUGUUGAGUAGGAAUGGCUGAGGAUUCCAGAUAUUUACCUCUGUCCUCCAAAAUCUGUCUCUUUCCCUCAUAUUAUUCUCUGGGCACUAUAAACAUGGGUGGCUGAAAUCACUGUCUCCUCUUUCACUUCUGCCCUUUGUACAUGCUACCCCAUGGUUUAUGCCCCAAAUUCCCAGAGCAACACUGUAGUGAUGGAGGAGCAAGGGACUCAGUCCCCUCAAUCUUUCUUCACAGAAUCUGGCAAAUAACUGCUUGUCUUUUUAAACCAGAGUGGAGAGAGAACAGACAGAUGGUAGUUGGCACUGUCUGUCUUCUUGAAUUUCUCCCAGGGUAAUUCCACAAACAGGCAGGGAAAUUUCUUGCACCUAUUUUUGCAACACCAACCUCAAGGUUUGGAGGAAGUGAGCUGGACCCCUUUCUCUUUGUUCCAUAUUAUGCUGCCUUAUGCUCUCACCUCUCCCCCAACUGCCCUUCUUGGUUUGGGGUAAGAAUAACUUUCUCUAGAUUUAUUCCUCUGAAGCUGGAGGCAACAAUCUCUCCAAAUGUACAAUUGUUUCUUCAGCAAAAUGUUUCUUCUUCAAAUGUUUCUUCAGGAAGAAUCCUUUUCAAAGAGUGCACUUUAAGGAAGGGCAGAGGAGAAAAUCUGAAGGAAGUAGAGCUUGAAGGUUUGAUAUCUGGAAGUUUCAACUAUACCCUUCCUUAGCCCAAAAAGCAACUGCUACUGGGUGUAGGAAAGGGUCAUAUUCUGGUUUGGUUUCAGGCUAGCUCUUUCUUCCAUCCAGCUCUGCCUAUGUGCAAGUAAUGUUAUAGUUAAGUGCAAGACUGGAGGACUUAGACCACUGACUAGAAAGAAAGCCUGAUGACCAGAUUUCCCUUUUUUCUCACAGAAGUAAUUAGAAUGGUCUAGAAGCAUGUAAAUGCAAACCUUAUCUACAGUCUAAGAGCCCUUCUUCAAUUUCUGAACAGUUAAGGCUUAGGGAGGAAUCCAAGAAAGAAAAUCAGAGACUAUCUGUCCAACAGACAGGAUAAAGAUAAGCCACUUAAGACUGUCUGAGGCAUAAGUCCAGGACAGAAAUGAUAACUCACCUUUCUCAAACAAAACAAUCACAUCCCUGCUUCUUACAGUCAAUCAACUAGGAGAAUGUAGAACUUGCCCCCCCCUUCAUACAAACACACAUCCUUGGAGCCAAAAGGGAAAAAAUGGGAAGGGGGAAGAGGGAGUAUAGCCAUACCUCCUAAGGUUAUAGAAUUAAGCAGAAUUGGAGCUUAGGGCAGACCUGAUAGAGCCUAAAAGUACCAGACAGAUAACAUUGAAGGAGAUCAGACACUAAAGGGCUGGAUGCCGAACUUGGCCCCAGAGGCCCCGAGUCCAGUAAGUCUUAUGGAAUAGUGCCAUUUAAUUAUUCUCUGUAGGAGCAGAUGAGUUGUGAAGGCACAGGGUGGGGGGGGGGAAGGGCUGGGAAUGUAUCCCUCACUCAUUAGACACACGCAAGCACGAACGCAACAGACAACCAACCAAUCCUUCCAUGAAGGCCUCACCUGCAUCCCCCUCCCCUAACCCUCCCCUGCCAGGUCCCUACCACUUGGCUGACGCCAACCCCCCUCCCCCCCAUCUGCCAAACGUUGCAUGUCGGAGUGGAAGAAAACACACCGCAAAUCCCAGUGUCUAUUACAGUGCGAGCGGAUCUCUUUACGAAUAAAAGGAAACGUUAACCUGG